CAUUCUGGUGAACUGGAAGCCCGAUUACGAAUACAAAGCCAGCACAAACGGCAGGGGAACGUUGCUUAUAAAAAACGAUGAAAACAGCUUACUUUCGAAAUGCACGCAAGUUAUCGAUAUCAUCAAAGAUAAAGAUGCAGUAUAUUCCCUGUUGGAUAAAAUAUGGGACAUAGCAAACUUCUACCAUUACGAGGUUUUCAUCUGCAUUUUAAAGAUAAUAGGUAACACUGGGAAAAGAGAGAAAACGAAGAACCUGGAUCUGCCGCUGUUGCUCUUCCUAAAAAAUUACCACCGUUUCAGCCCGCCCGGUCAGAACGAGAAGGAACAGUGGUACAGUAAGUUCACCGAGAGCCAAACGUUGGACGCCCUGUCCGAGUUUAGGCUGCCGUUCAUCCAAACGUUGUUCACCUUGGACAUUUGGAACAUAAUUCGUCCUGAAAUUAACUUAAAGUCGUAUAGGUAUUGGUUCGAUGCCGCUAAUAUUUUACGGAAGAAUUUGAAGAAGGACGACAUAUGCAUCUACGCCGUCAAAGAAGUGGUUACAAGUGGGAUUUUGGGGAAGGAGGAAUCGGGUAGUUGGACGCUGUAUCCAAAAUUCGAGGAUCUGUUUGCUGAGGUUGACGCAUGUGUCCAAAAUAUUUCCAAUUUGGAACGGGCUACCUCUGUGGUUUAUCAUUUAAUGUAUCACACUCCAAACGGUGCCGACAAGGUGAACGCGGCAGAGCUGAGCUACAAAUACGCUAAAAAGUACAAGGAAAAAAAUCCCAAUUGUUCCGAUAUAGAGGCCGCGUGUAUCAAGGUUAAAACGAAAUAUUACAGUUCCUCGGCAAUGCACAUCUUACACACAUUUCAACUAGCCGAGGACAAAUACUUACAGCUCGUUGCGCAACCCGACGACUUGGUCCACGCUCUCUACCGAGACGAGAGGAUAGUUGAACAAGCCGAGUGUAUUAAUUUCAGUUGUCCAGAUAUUAACAAGGCUGUCGAUGCUCUGGGUGUAUUAUACGAUUUAAAAAUUCAGCAGAUUAGGUACAAUCUACUGAACCAUUGGUUGUGCAGCUCCAGCAACGAAGUGGACUUCGAUUCUACCUUGGCUAUAACGAGUAUCGCGAAAUUGGACACGAAUACUGACGAUAAUCUGAAAAGGGCUACCUACAUUUGUCUGAGCGGCGACAAGUCGUUCUGGCAAACCUAUCUUUUGAAAGCCGGCGUAAACGAGGACGACGUCGCCGAUUCCGAACAGAGAAAUCUGUCGUUCAAAGCCAAAGCGCUGAAAUGUUUUUGCGCCAUUUCGGAUGUCGACACCAUAAUCCGAAUGACGGACGGCGAUUACAACGAGUUUCUGAACUAUAUCGAUAAGUUGUCCCUUCUGAGCGAACUGGAAUGUUUGGGAAUAGCCCUGAAUAUCAGUACUUUGGAUAAGUACAACAAAAAGGAGCUUCUCAAGCGCUUGUCACAAGUCGGGAAACCCAUAGCCGUGAAGGCUAUGGCGUCUGUGUGUACGACGUACUGCAUUAAAGAUAUACGGUACUGGGAGUUCAUAAUAGGCAGUGCCAUUAAACUGGGCAUGUACACCGAACUGAGGACUUAUGUGGACUUCCUAAAAAUCCAUUGUUACAAGAGCUUUUAUAUAAACGCUUGGCAAGUUAUUAUCAAUAAUGCUUUCCACAUACCGAAUACCCUGUCGAAGGAGGAGCUGCAUGAAGUUUAUAUAAAAAACUUUUUGAUGAUACAGUCUUGUCCGGUGCUGUACUCUCUGAAUUUUGAAAAUGUAGUCCAGAGGUGUAUUAUAGACAAAAAGUUCGAGUUUGCGGCCAUAUUGUUGCAAUAUUUAUCCGACGAAAAGAAGGAUGUUUAUGUUAAGAAAAUUUCACCAAAUAGAACCCUGUUUCUGGAUUUGGAUAACUUAUCAAAAAAUGGAAUAUGGGGAACUAGAAAUAUCAAGUCUUGGCUCGCUACAAAAAAUUUAUUUUAAUUUAAG